GUGAAACGGACACGCGUCGCAGUUUUGUCAGUCGUUAAAAUGUCGUCUGCUGCUAACAGUUUCUGAUCACAGGACGGUGACAAACAAAAAAGUGGGUAUUUAAACCGUUAAAGAAUAAUUUGUUUCGUUGGAUUACUGUUGUCAAGUGGUUUUCAUUUUAAAUCGUCUACCGAGAUUGGAAAAUAAAGGGAAUACAAUAGCAAGACAACUUAGAGACGAGGCUAGUAUUGAUCUAGCGAGCCAACGUGAACAACUAUGAAAUCAUAUUACACUUAGUGUUAGACAUUCAAUGGACAUUAAACGACGGGCUGUGUGACACUUCAUUUUUCUAUUCAACAUCAGUUUAUCGUUUGGAACAAUUCCAUUGAUUCAGUGCUGGCAAUAGGAUCGCUACUCUAUGGUUUGUUCAGUGUGAAUAACUGUUUAUUGUGAUGGAUUUAUUAAAGCAUUGAUUCUGAGCUGAUUGAAUAGAGAUUGAUCCAGAUUACAACUGGGACAGAUGAACAUUUGAUGCAGUUUAGUUUUUUUUUUUUUCGUGGAUGUUGAAUUCCAAUACUUCAAAUAUGGCGACGUCUUGAGGGGACGUCUUGAGGGGACGUCUUGAGGGGACGUCUUGAGAGGACGUUUCUUUCUACUGAGAUAACUUAAUAGGAUCCCAGAAUGGAUAGGGUUCAACAGUGGACUGUUCUAAAGCUGGCCAUCAUAUAUAUAGCCCUAACAGUGGUGGGCGCCUCCAUACCCCACUUUGUCUACAGGGAAGACUGGAGGGAGCAAAGCUGCGCCCGUGUACUCCAUAAAGUCAGGCACCAAUUAGUCAGCACCCCUAUGCCUCCGGACAUUAGGGGUCACUGGGUCUCUUACAGGUGUGAGAUACGCUCGGGACCUGAAUACGUCAUUCGUCAGUUUCACUUCAAAAGCAACAACACCUUUGAGUCUGUGGUGUACAGGUACCAGGACCCCGACUGCCACCACCCGAUGUAUGCCAUCGAGUCUCGAGGUAUCCACCGCCUCGCUCAGGCGUCCUGGACAGUGCGAGGGGGAACUGAGGCGGAGUACGAGGUCACCUCGUCCUACAUCGUACCCUACACGGUUAACGCCACCGUCGACCUUGCUAAGCGUCUGGCCGCGGGCUGCCCUGACGCUCGUGUGUCCGGAAGUCUCACCCCAUACAGCAGAUACGUCAUCUACUCACUGACCCCUCACCUCGAUCAUCUGAGCCUACAGGGCCAGAGUUCGAACCCCGACGGCGACGUGGACUGCUUCCAGGCUUUGAACUUCACGCUUCAUGAGCUCCAACUGGUCAUGCUUGAGCUGCGGCGGCACCACCACGACCACCACAGCUACCAACAUCACCAUUCGCAGCACCAUCACCACAAAAGUAGUCCGGACAAUGUGAUGACCGGAAGUGAAGAGAUUCCCUACGACGCUCCGACCAAUGCCUUUACGCGAGAGCUCCUGCUUGGCGCUGUUCACUCGAAACCUGAAGAGAGACAGAGCCACCGACCCAGCAGCUUUCAAACAGCACUCAAAGAAGGAAAUACUCCUGGUUGUGGCGUCUGCUCCAGGGUGCUGAGUUCUGACCCAAUGUCGCCGCCUCGACUGACCACCCACACUGGGACGCUGCUCAGCCUGGAGGGGGAGUGGGUCAGCACGAGGUGUGAAUCCAGACAGUACGGGAUGUUUCUAACCAGGGGGCUACACUUCCUCCCUGACGGCGCCUCGUGGCACGGUCAGUACGACUACUACCAUGACGCUCUGUGCCACCACUCUUCCUUCUCUCUCAUCGCACAAGGCAGCUACACGGGGGGCACAGACUCCCUCUUGGUGCAAGGAGCCAAAGACUACAGUUUCCAGGUGACCAGAUUGAAAGUACUUCCCCAUGAUCAGGCGACAGUUGACAGCAUGAACCAUUACAGCGGAAACGGUUGCGGCAAAGCGCAUGCGUGGUCUGUAGGCCAGGAACAGGACGUGACGUCGACCGGAGGCUGCGUCACUCUCGGGAUUCGCCUCCCUAACAUGGAGAGGGACAUCAUGAAGAUGGAGAUCGUCCACCGGAAGCUGCACCUCUUCGUAGGGCAGAGGCUCCUUGACCGCAAGCCGGGCAUCGCCUACCAAAAGGAAAGGCCGACCGCCUUCCAAGAACCGCUGGUCAAAUGCGAUCAGGUGAAUUUGGAUAUGAGCAUAAACACUGCCCCAGGAGGGCACGGCUGGGCAGGGGGCGUAGCGUUGCCCCUGUCUUCUGGGGCAGAUCUCUUUGACAUUCGCAGCUCUGGUAGUCAGGAGAGAUUGGGCCUAGUCUGUCAGUUACUGCCCGUUGUGUUUACGUUCAUUCUGAGAGCAACUUUGUUACUCCAUUGACUCUCAUCAUGUUUCCAGGUGAACUGAUUCUAUUUCACUUGUUACGUUUGCCGAAAUUUUGUUAUUUUUAGAACUUUUUCCAUUUUUUUUUGUUACUAUUAAAAAUAAAAUAAGCUUUAAUUUUAAUAAGUUGUCAUUGUAUUGUAUUUCAAGUCGGACUAAUCAGAACUAGAAAUGUGAAACCUUUUCUGUAAGUCUAAUUCACUUUUCUAAGCAAACAUUUCUUGUAUUAUGUUCAAGUUGAAAAAUGCUUUUGUUUGUAUACAAUGUUGAGUUUGACGUUAGACUGUGAUUUCUAUCUUUCUCUUUCUCUUCUAGUUCUUGAUCAACAAGUUCUUGAAACACUCAAGUUGUUUACGUUUUUAUAGGUAGGCUACCCCAUCCCUUAGAGCCAUGAUCCAAUUGAAUUGCACUAUCAAUACAAAAUCUAUUCAUUGUUUUCUCUUAUUAAAGUCUCAAGAAACUUCCAGUCCUCUUAAUUAGCUGUUUGUAUUAUUGAUGUACAUGUAUUCUUCAUUACUGCUUCCCAAUCAACCCAUUCAUUUACAAUCACAAACGUUUGUCCCAUUCAUUUACAAUCACAAACGUUUGUCCCAUUCAUUUACAAUCACAAACGUUUGUCCCAUUCAUUUACAAUCACAAACGUUUGUCCCAUUCAUUUACAAUCACAAACGUUUGUCCCAUUCAUUUACAAUCACAAACGUUUGUCCCAUUCAUUUACAAUCACAAACGUUUGUCCUAUUCAUUGUAUACAUAUAAGACGGGUUGAUGUAUAGUCAACUCAAGGAGGCGAACACUAAAAAAACAGAAUGCCAAAAGACUGGUUACUGCUUCCGUUUCUGUUUAAUUCUUUUGAUGCUUUCUGGCUAUAAACAAUUUUGUAACGAUAUUAUGGUUUUUAAAUUUAGUACGCAAUCAUUUUUAAAACAUCAAUACCUCACUUUUACACUGGAUUUUUAAGAUAAAUGAUUGGAUUAUUAAGCUUAAUGACUUUUAUUUAACUAUAACAAUUUUUUAACUUUAUGAUUGUAUUUAACUUUAUGUUUGUAUUAUCUAAAAUGUGUGACUGUAUUAUUAGCUUUAUGGCUAUUAUACAGCUUUAUGACUGUAGUAUCUAGACUUGUGACUGCAUUAUUUAGAUUUUACCACUGGUUUAUUUAAUUUUUUGUCUACAGGAUCAUUUAACAUUUAGACUGGAUUAUUUAAUGCUAAUAUUUGACUUAAUUAUUGUACUUUAGGGCUGGAUUAUUUAACCAUGUUCUAGUGACAUAAUUUAGUGAUCAGAUGUACACGACUGCUAAAGAUGGGGCACAUCUUGUCAUAGUUUGUUAUUCUAAAUUUUAAGCUUUUACUAUAAAUAUUUUACAAGAUGUUUUUUAUCAACACUCCAAGUAUUUACAGUCUAGUGCAAACAACUAGAAGAGAUAUUUCUUCCCAAGUGUCAUUGGAGCAUGGAACAGGGGGCAGGAAUCAGACUGGAAACAAAUAACUUGCUAGAGUUGAAGUUUGCCCAACGUUUUCGGAAAAUGUGUAAUUUUAAUAAACAGAUUCGUACUUGGAGCAAAGAUGAUUCAGCUAAGAUCCUUUAGACAAGAUAGAUCAAUGAACGACGGUCGAAAUCAAUUAUUCAAAUAGCACACAGUUUUUUUAUUUCUGUCUUAAUGAAAACACCAUUAAUGCUGUAGAUGAAAAAAACUGUGACCCAAUCAUUGUCACGGACAUAUUGUCAAAUUCUCAGAAAUGAUUAAAAGCAAACUAUAGAUUUGUAAAUGGACAUUAAAUAGUCACAACACACUUUGAACUUGUCAAACAUUCAAAUGCUCUACUACAGUGAUGCCCAAGGUACGGCCAGCGGGCCAGAACUGGCCCCUUUAAAAAAAGUUGAAAAUGGAUCUUUACCAUCGUUAGGGCCCUCACUUUUUCUCUGAUAGAUUGGUACCAUGACCUUUAACGAGUGUGACUUUGUGCAAUGGAACUCUGAAUGUAGUAUCUACCAGGAAAAGUGAAUGGAUCUUUUUUGUGGAACAUGAUAAUAAGCCAACAUAUUUUGUUUUGUAAAGGAAGUCUGGAUGUUUCAGAAACAACAACAACGCAUACAGUGGCAUUAUAAAACAAAUAGGAAGGCCUUCAUGGUUUAAGCCGCGUAUAAAAGAUUGGUUAAACUACGUCUAGAAAUUGGAGGGUCGAUGGGAAUAUUUACCAAAAAGAGACAAAAUAAGUUGGUGGUAAAGCUAGCUACAAUGUUGCUCACAUUUUAAGUAGAGAGAUGAAGCCAUUUUUAGACGCAUAUGACUUUAAAUAUCCCAUUAAUUAAUGUCAGUACUAGAUUCAAUAGUUUUAAAUAGUUUCAGGUGAAUUUUGAUUUCAUUCUUUGUACCUUUUUGUUGACGUGGCCCGCGACACGCGUGUCGAAAGUUAAAAUGGUCCGCAGGUCGAAUUGAGCACCACUGCUCUACUACUUGUGUCCUAAACUUCAUAUAGAAUCAUUGGAUUUCGUUCAAGACCACAAAGAUCGUCAUUAAACCUGUAACGUUCCUUUGAGAACCAAAACAAUGCUCCAGGAUACAGUAUCCAGUAAUUGGGCGCCUUAGUAUACAUCUUUUCCAUAUUUCAGUGUUCUAAGUCUAACUGCAGUUUGUAAGUUCCGUUAUCUGUGGAUUUGUAAAGCUUCACAUUUAAACAAACUCAUGGCUGCUAGUAUGCAAAUAUAGCGCAUUUCGAAGAGAUGAAUAUACUGUACCAUGGCUAUAUUUAAGAACGAAGAUCACGAUAUAGAUUUCUUGAAGUAUACUUGGUUUAUUUCUGGGCAAUGUCUUGACACUAUUGUUACACAGAAGUUCUUUAAGAUAAGGUUCCUUUUUCAAAUGAACUUCUCGAGUUUUAAAAGUAGCGUCCAAAUAAAUUGAUGUAGGCUAUUAUUAGGCCUCUCUUAACACAAAGAAAAUGAUUCAAUACUACUGUAGCUUUCUGUUCUGUUUGAUUGUGCAUAUUCCAGUUGCGAUGAUAAAUUUAACACAUUCUUAGGAUUUACAUGAACAUAGAACAUUUCGUAAUGAAUAGAACACAGAAAAAAAGUUCACGAAUUGAAUCCAAAUACUUGAAUUGAAGAAAUCCAACAAGAAUAAUCAUAUGUUAAAAACACAAUAUUAAAUUCAUAAGAAAUACUUCAGUAAAUCCAUAUUAGUAACAUAAAUUAAACCAUUGAAACCAAAUCCUUCUCGAUACUAUGCUCGCGUUCCUAUAUUUAUACUAUUUCACGAGUCUUACACUUAUAUAUUUCUGGAGGGUCGUUGUGACCUCACUCAAAGUUUCUGACGUAAUUCUAAUCAUCUAAUUGUACUACUCUGUACUAGACAUUUCUACAGAAGAAAUCAAUCAUGUCAUAAACAUUUUCCCGUCUCAUCAAUGGCUACAAAUAUUCAAAAUGACGAUAUUUUACUUGCUAAUUGAUUGUAAUUGAAGGCCUUGUGACGACUAUAAAAUAAUUUAAAAGACCAAACUAUUAGCCUAACAUUCACUAUGUGUUGUAACAGUCAUUGAAUUGACUUUUAUCACCUAAGAUUUCACGUUAAAACAGGCUCAGUGACCAACUGAAAACCUUGUUGUUAUUAUCCUACCAUUGUCAUUCCCAACUACUUCCUGACUGUGUUUCAAACUAUUGGUCUCCUGGUUGUGCUUCAUCUCAUGCCGUCUCUGUGUUCAUGGAAACAAGACGUAGUGAAAUUAUAUUUUAUAUGAAUUUAUGAGUCCUGAAUACCAAUUCACUUUAAUUUCAUAUCCUACUUAUCAUACUUAUCAUACUUAUCAACCUGAUCUUUUUAAAAUUGUUCUUGCUCUUUGUUUGUUUCUGCAUAUAUCUUGACAGAGACAAGAAAAUGUUAACAUGUCAAUUAAUUUGUCAAUUAUUUCACAGUCAUUAAUGUUUAUUAUUUAAACAAUUUAAAAGAACAUAAUUCAAAAUUGCCUCCCUUUUUUAUGUUUCUUCUUUCCACUUUCCUCCUCCUGGCUUCAACAUACACACACACACACACAGGAUUGAAUAAUUUCCCUCUUAUUCUAAAUGUUCUUUAUGAAACACGUACCUAGACUUUGGACUAUUUGUAUCCAUAUACAUAUGUAUUUUGUUUUUCAAACACUUUGAAGGAAAUGUCAAGACAUCUUGACAAACAAAACAGUGACGCACCUCAGGUUUUAUAUCGACUUUUAUUUUUCAAUGUAAUGUGAGACGUAAGUUAUAAUCAUCAGUCAAUAAAGUGUUGAACUCAAA